GACAAGGAGUUGGGGGGUGAGCAGGCAGGGAGCUGCAGCCCCCCCUUGCCUCCCAGCAGCCCCCAAUGCCGUGCAUUUCAGUUCAUUGUCCAGUUGUCCCAGCCGGCCUGGCAGAACGGCAUUUCCCCGACAUUUCUAGCAGCUGCAACCACAUUGUCACCGGCUGCCUCCUGCCGCCUUCCAGCAGCGAGAAAGAUGGCUCUUGUGGAAUGUGGCCAGGAGCUUUGGGCCCUGACCAAGGGAUCAGCCUUCCAUGGCCUGCCUGCCUAUUUCGGUCCACGUUUCAUCACCUCCUCCUCCCGACGGAAUUCGCUCGAUGAAAACAUUGCAAAUCUGGCAGUGGCUUUUGCUCGCAGCGAGUGGGACAGGUACGCCAAAAGGUCUGCUGCCCAGCAAACAGCAUGGCCGAGCGCACCGUGCCUCAUGCUUACCCCAUGAGCGUAGAGUACGAAUUUGCCAACCCCAGCAAGAUCUAUGAUCAGAACUUUGGAGAAGGCAUUUCCCCCGGAGACAUUCUAGCUCCCACUUUGUACCACGGCUAUUACAUUCGGCCUCGGAUCAACAAGCAGCUUGACCGAGGGGUCUCUGAGGUCAACCUCAAUGACCACAAAUUCCAGGUGUUCCUGGACGUCUGUCAUUUCACACCCAAUGAGAUCACGGUCCGCACAGUGGAUAACCUCCUGGAGGUGACGGCUCAACACCCGCAGAAGGCUGACCGACAUGGUUUCAUCUCCCGGGAGUUCACCAGGACCUACGUCCUUCCCUUGGAUGCCGACCCCUUGUUGGUCAAAGCCACAGUGACCCAUGAUGGCAUCUUAAGCAUAGAGGCUCCACGGACAGGGAAAGAGAGGAGAGCCAAAGUCAUGGACGUGAAAAUAACAUGCCAAGAAGAGCCAGUGGAGCAAGGAGGAGAUUCCGAGAAGAAAUCUCAGUCUUGAAGUACCCGUCUGCAAUGCCUCAACUGGAGCCAGGGUACAGGGUGGAACAGUGACAUCUCUGUUUGACCACCAAGAGGACAACCCAUUUGUUUGGCUUAGUAGACCCAGAGUAUGCAGCUGAUAUAUUUGGGGUGUAAUACUCACGGCUUCCCCUAAAAGAAUUCAGGGAAUAGUAGUUUGUUGAGAGGCUGAGAAUUCUCUGUUGGGCGCCCUACUUGUUAAACUACACUUUCCAGGAUUCCCUGGGAAGAGGGAUCGGCUACUAAACCAGUGUCUAAUGUGGCUGGGUUUGCUGACAGCUUCUGUCCCUUUAGCAGAGGCUUAAUCUAUGGCACAAGUGGCAAACUCGUGGCCCUCCAGAUGUUCAUGAACUACAAUUCCCAUCAGCCCUUGCCAGUAUAGCCAAUGCUCAUGUUGGGAGGGACUGAUGGGAAUUGUAGUUAAUGAACAUCUGGAGGGCCAUGAGUUUGACACCCCUGAUCUAUGGCAAGGGUAGCUGAAGGGGGUUUUUUUUGGCUUGGUGGUAAAUAAUGUCUCUUGGAAAAUAAGAUCCCCUCAAGCCCCUAUGAAAAGGACACAACAUUUUUUCCUCCAGUCAGUUGGCAACUGGAAGUGUGGUCAGACCUAUAUGACCUCAACUGCAUUCUUAAAGCAGUUCACCUCCCUUGUGAAAUCCCUGGAGAUUUGGGGUGGAACCUCAGGAGUUCAGGGUUUGUUAUGGAGACAGACUUCAGUGGGGGUAUAAUGCCAUAGAGUUCACCCUCUAAAGGAGCCAUUUCUUCCAGGAGAAGUGAUCUUUAUGGUCUGAAGAUCGGUUAUAAUUCCAGGAGAACUCCAGGCUUCACCUGGAGGUUGGCAGCCCUUGUAUCACCCUGUCUUUGAUUUUCAAAUGUGUUUCGUUUGAUAGGGGGCUGUUCUGGCAACUGCCCGCAGCUAAUCAGCAUCCUGUCCUUUAGUUCUUCCACCUGACACUCAGUUAUUCUUCUGGCUUUAUUGUUCUUUCUAGAGUGGGGUAUCAAUAGGCUGGUGAAAGUGACCUGUUCUUUUAACAGAGGUUUAAUGGGAAGUCAUUUACCAGAUGAUGGUGCCAUUUCCCUCCAUGCCAUGAAAAGCUUCUGCUGCUAAUUCCUGCAAGUUUAGUCUUGUAAGGGGACAAAAUAUUUUUCUCCAGGCCUGCUGGCAUGGACAACCCUGGACCGGCAGUGUUCAUUCAUGUAUAAAUUAAAUGUGAUUUAAGAAAAAAAAAUCAAAGUACAGAAUCAGUUUUAAGGUCUGCUGAUAAAAAACCUUUAAGGGGGGUAGGGUUCAGAAAAGAAAUAAAAGCAGCUGAGAUGAAAAGCCCUUCAAGGGAGGGCGGUAUAUAAAUCUAAUAAUACGAUACAAUACAAUACAAUACAAUGUAAUUGAAUGUAUGCCCUGGAACUUAUACAAUAUUUUUAAUACGAGCCUUUCCCCCAUUCUCCUGUUACAGAAGUUGAUUAAUAUUGACAUUUUUCCUUUUAGCAUUGUUACAUUUAAUAUUUUGAUUGUAUAUGUUUAUUAAAAAGAAUUAGGACUGGCAACACAGCAGGAAUAAAGUAUAUGCUUGUUUGCAUAAACA